UCCUCCUCACAACCAUUCGUGACGCUGCGACACUCAUCUCUGCUGUUCGCUGUUCGCUGUUCGUCUUUCUCCAAGUCGCGCGCCCAUCUUGCUCAACACUUUCCAGCCGUACACAUGUCGCUGCUGCAUGCUUGCAAGUGACUGUUUAAAACCAUCGCCGCCAGUCCAGGCUACGUACGCGACGCGUGUGGCUUCCGUGGUAGAGGAUGGCUUCAAGACUAGAUCGUCUUGUCACACUUCUAGAGACCGGUAGUACUCCACUCAUUCGCAACACUGCGGCCCAGCAACUUGCAGAUGUCCAGAAGCAGCACCCAGAUGAGCUGUUCAAUCUUCUGACCAGAGUCAUCCCAUAUCUCCGGUCCAAGAACUGGGACACCCGGACUGCUGCUGCCAAGGCAAUCGGCGGCAUCGUUGACAAUGCCGAAAAGUUCGACCCCAAUGCUGACGAUGGCGACUCGACGACGAAGCACGAGAGCAAUGGCUCCAAUGGAUCAACCAUCAAAAAAGACGAGGACGAAGCAUCCUUGCCCCUGUCCGACGAUCAGCUCCAGCUCAGUACCCUCGACUGUCAGUCCAUUCUAAAGUUUGGCAAGCCUCUGCUCGGUAGUGCUGGCAAGGAAUAUGACAUCAAGCUCGCCGCCAUGGACCCUGCACAACGCCUGGCCCAUCAAAAGAAGAGUCUGACUUCGCGAUUGGGUCUUGGUGGCGAGUACAACGAGGAAGAGCUCAUCACAGAGACCGAUAUUGCGAUGCAGACACCUGCCAUUCCCAGACUCGACACCUCAAUCUCAAGGCAAGACAGCAUCUCAAAACCCGACGGAGGGAGCUCUCCUACCCCUGCCUUGGCUACCCCAAUAGACGAAAAUGGCAACUCACUAAGCAAGCGGCAACUGAACAUGCUCAAGCGAAAGGCUAAAAAGGACUUGCACCAGCAAGCAAACAAAGUACAGGUCAUGGAUCUAGGGCCGCGCAAGAUGGCGUCGGACACGCCGCAAACGCCGGCCAGCUCGCACGCCGCCACCCCUCAUCCCGUGAAACAGGAGAUUAAGCGCGAAGACAGCGAGGAUGAUCCCAAAGAUAUCAGCGACUACUUUACCCUAGACAGGAAAGGUGGUGAUGACGACUCCAAACUCGUUGCCGAAUUCAAGGGUCUCCCUCCUCCAGAGAAGUCGACUAUCCAGACUGAAGCAGAAGAGCGAGGCGACGAGUGGCCAUACGAACGCUUGUGCGAAAUCCUGACCGUGGACCUCUUUGACCAGAACUGGGAGAUCCGGCACGGUGCAGCGAUGGGCUUGAGAGAAGUUCUUCGUGUUCAUGGUGCGGGCGCGGGACGUCGGCAGGCCAAGUCAAGGUCGCAGAACGACAUCCUCAACCAGAGAUGGCUGGACGAUCUGGCCUGCCGCAUCUGCUGCGUCUUCAUGUUGGACCGGUUUGGCGACUAUGUUUCUGACAACGUCGUGGCCCCUAUUCGAGAGACUGUCGGUCAGACUCUGGGUUCCCUGGCUCAAUAUCUGUCGCUUGCAUCGGUCAAGGGAGUCUACAAGAUUCUAUACAGUCUUGUCAUGGAAGAGAAAACCAAGGACACGAUGCGUAUCUGGCAGGCCUCGCAUGGCGGCAUGAUUGGGAUGCGUUAUCUCGUCGCCGUGCGUGCCGAUCUCUUGCUCGAGGAUGCUGAGCUUGUCGAUGGUAUCCUGGCGGCCGUCAUGAGAGGCCUGAGCGACUUUGACGAUGAUGUGAGGGCCGUGGGUGCAGCGACGUUGAUCCCUGUCGCCAGGGAAUUCGUCACACUGCGUCCUCAUAAGCUCGACAGCUUGAUACACGUUGUCUGGGAAUGCCUCUCGAAUCUCAGCGACGACUUGAGCGCCAGUACUGGCUCGGUCAUGGAUCUUCUCGCCAAGCUGUGUAGUUUCCCAGAAGUAUUGCUCGCGAUGAAGAAGAACGCCGCCGAGGACGAGGAACAGUCUUUUGCAGAACUCGUGCCACGAUUAUAUCCCUUUCUCCGCCACACCAUCACGAGCGUACGAUCGGCAGUGCUCCGUGCUCUACUUACAUUCUUGGACAUUGAAGGUCAGGGCACCACUGGAUGGAUUAAUGCAAAGGCACUUCGUCUGAUAUACCAGAACUUGCUGGUAGAGCGGAACGAGCCAGUCCUCAAGCUAUCGCUCCAGGUCUGGACAGCUCUUGUUGAUGCUCUGUCUGCGCAAGGGCCUGAAGUAUUUGCCGCAGAGUUUGGGCCCAUCAUGGAUCCUCUCAUCCGGCUCACCGUCCAUCCCAUUGGUGUUUCAAGGCAUCCGAUACCUAUGGAAGCGGCUUUAUUCAUACGUCCAUCCGGUCAGACAUUCUCGCUACCUUCCCAUCCCUCUGCGCGAAAGACUUCUCCUCCCCCUGAGCCAGUCCCAGCGAAGAGAGGGCGGAAGAAGUCGUCCAAGGGAAAAGACGAGCCAUCACCUCCAGAAUCUCGCCACAACAUUGAUGGACCGAUGAUCCAAGGUGACGUUGACCUUGUUGGUGUAGAUGUCUUGAUCCGCUCCAAGAUCGUGUCCGCUCAAGCCUUGGGUAAAGCCAUGGCCGUGUGGCCUGCCGCAUCGCGCUUUGAAGCCUUCUCCAAAGCCGUAAUACCGCAUCUGAAGUCGUCAAAGUCCAGCACCCAACUCAUCGCCGCCAUGAUUACAGAAGAAUACGGAAGAGCCAUGUCGCAAGCAGAUGACCUUUCGAGAGCGUUUGCGGAUGAACUCCGGCCCAUGAUCGAGGACGAGCGUCCAGUCUACUACGAGGAUCUUACCAGCUAUCUCCACGUCCUGCGUGCGCAAUGCCAAUCCCUCCUCAACACCUUUGUGGAGCAAGGGAAGAUUAAAUCUCCACCUAUGAUUGCUGCCGUUGUUCAAGGCGAUCCAGCUGCUAAUCCGAAAUUUGCCUUUGGAGUCGCCGACGGCGAAAAGCUUGCCGGGCCAGACUGGGAUAGGCUUUUCAAGAGUAUGGCUCCUGGCGCUCGUAUGACCGCCCAAGCCUCUCUCAAGACCGCGCGUGAGGAGGUCCUGAUCGCCUCGAAGGAUGCACGGAAGGUCAAAGAAAUUCGUGAUACCAGGAUUAGGGCAGCCGCAGCCUCUGCAGUCGUCGCACUUCAAGCUGUUCCAAAGAAGCCCGCGCUAACAAUCAGGGGCAUGAUGGACAGUGUCAAAAAAGAGGAAAACGUGGAAUUGCAGAAGCGGUCUGCUGCUGCCAUUGCCAAGAUGAUCCAACAUGUUGCUGAGACCGGCAAACGUGUCAUUGUGGAGAAGGUUGUGGGCAACCUUGUCAAGUUCUAUUGCAUGGAGACAGCCGAGACGCCCGAGUUCCACCCCAAUGCAGACAUCGGCGGUGGUAUUCUAUCCCUGAGGAAAGAAGAGGACAUUCGCGAUCACCCAGACCAGGUCGCCUUUGAACUCGCCGCGAAGGAAGCUAGAAUCACACGCAGAGGUGCCAGAGAGGCUCUGGAGCAACUCGUCGGAAACUACGGCGGUGACUUGUUCAAUAAGAUCCCUAUAUUGCGGACGCUGAUCGAGUCCCCGAUCCACCAGACCUUCUCUGGAGCCGAUCUACCAGCCGACAUUGCAGAUAGUGGUUCAACACUCGGCCAGGAAACUGUCGAUGGCCUCUCUACCUUGCGAGCUCUGAUUGGCAAAUUCCAUCCGGACCUUUAUGGCUUCGUCAAAGAACUCCUACCGCUCAUCACAAAGGCUCUGCAAUCGAGACUGGCCGUUCUGAGAUAUGCAGCAGCGAAAUGCUUCGCCACAAUAUGCAGCGUCAUGACCGUGGACGCCAUUACGAUGCUCGUGGAGAAGGUGUUGCCUUCCAUCAGCAAUCCAGUUGACCUUCACUGUCGGCAGGGCUCGAUUGAAUGCGUGUACCACUUAAUCCAUGUCAUGGAGGAUGGCAUACUUCCAUACGUCAUAUUCCUCAUAGUUCCUGUCCUCGGUCGCAUGAGUGAUGCAGACAACGAUGUCCGUCUUAUUGCAACAACCACGUUCGCCACAUUGGUGAAGCUCGUUCCGCUCGAAGCCGGAAUCCCGGAUCCACCGGGACUGUCCGAAGAACUGCUCAAGGGUCGGGAGAAGGAGCGAAAGUUCAUUGCACAGAUGCUCGACGCGAAGAAGGUCGAGCCUUUUGAGGUUCCUGUCGCAAUCAAGGCAGAGCUUCGUUCUUACCAGCAAGAAGGUGUCAAUUGGCUGGCCUUCCUAAACAGAUAUCACCUACAUGGCAUUCUUUGCGAUGACAUGGGGCUUGGCAAAACGCUACAAACACUUUGUAUGGUGGCCAGCGAUCAUCACAUGCGGGCGGAAGAGCACGCCAAAACACAGUCGCCCGAUUCCAGGCGUCUGCCCACCCUCAUCAUCUGCCCACCGACCCUGUCCGGGCAUUGGCAACAAGAAAUCAAGACGUAUGCGCCCUUCCUCACUGCGGCUGCUUAUGUUGGACCGCCGGUUGAGCGUGCCAAGGUGCGGUCAAGACUGCAAUCCGUGGAUAUCGUCAUUACGUCGUACGAGAUUGCUCGCAAUGAUAGCGAUGUGCUGCGACCGCUUCAAUGGAACUAUCUCGUGCUUGACGAAGGCCAUCUGAUCAAGAAUUCGAAAGCAAAGACGACCGUUGCUGUCAAGCAACUCGCCAGUAAUCAUCGGCUGAUCCUCUCCGGCACGCCUAUCCAGAACAACGUGCUGGAGCUCUGGUCACUAUUCGACUUCCUGAUGCCCGGCUUUCUCGGAACUGAAAAGGUGUUCCAAGACCGCUUCGCCAAACCCAUCGCCGCCAGCAGAUUCAGCAAGUCGUCCUCCAAAGAACAAGAAGCCGGCGCGCUCGCGAUUGAAGCCCUGCACAAACAAGUCCUCCCGUUCCUGCUCCGCCGCCUCAAAGAAGAAGUCCUCAACGACCUGCCGCCCAAGAUCCUCCAAAACUACUACUGCGACUUGUCUGACCUGCAAAAGCGCCUCUUCGAAAACUUCACCAAGACACAAGGCAAGGCUAUUGCCGAACAGGCCAGCGCGUCGGACAAAGAGGCCAAGAAACACAUCUUCCAGGCCCUGCAAUACAUGCGCAAGCUCUGCAACUCGCCGGCCUUUGUCAUGAAGGAGGGCCACAAAGACUAUGCCCAAACACAAGCAUACCUGCGCGCCCAAGGCACCACGUUGAAAGACCCCGUGCACGCACCCAAGCUGAUGGCACUGCGAGACUUGCUUGUCGACUGCGGCAUCGGCGCGCCCUCGUCCGACCCCACGCACGGCGUCACCGACAUUCCUUCCGCCAGCUCCGCCGUGUCCCAGCACCGCGCGCUCAUCUUCUGCCAGAUGAAGGAAAUGCUCGACAUGGUGCAGAGCGAAGUGCUCGCCAAACUGCUGCCAUCCGUGCAAUUCCUGCGCAUGGACGGCUCGGUCGAGUCCUCGAAGCGGCAAGACAUUGUGAAUAAAUUCAACAGCGACCCGAGCUAUGAUGUGUUGCUGCUGACGACGAGCGUGGGUGGGCUGGGGCUGAACCUGACGGGGGCAGACACGGUUAUCUUUGUGGAGCACGACUGGAAUCCGCAGAAGGACAUGCAGGCCAUGGACCGGGCGCAUCGCAUCGGCCAGAAGAAGGUCGUGAACGUGUACCGGAUCGUGACGCGCGGGACGCUGGAGGAGAAGAUUUUGAGCCUCCAACGCUUCAAGAUCGACGUCGCCUCCACCGUCGUCAACCAGCAAAACGCCGGCCUCGGCACCAUGGAAACAGACCAGAUCCUCGACCUCUUCAACAUCUCCACCGACUCCUCCGCCGACGGCCCGGCCGCCUACCAGAACCAGCAGGACAGUGAUGGUGCGCUCGUCAACGCCGAAGACGCCGUUGACGCCACGGGCGAGCUGCGCGAGAAGGGCAAGAAGGGCUUUCUCGAUGAGAUUGGCGAGUUGUGGGAUGAGAGGCAGUAUGAGGAGGAGUUUAACCUGGAUGGGUUUUUGAAGGGGAUGAAGUAGGGUGGGCUUGAAGUAGGGU